AUGGCAACUUACCAUUGGAUGGAUUUCGUUGAAAGCAGUCAACAUUUUCGAGGAAGAGGUAAGAAUAAAAGGAGUUGGACUGCCGAAGAGGAUGCUGUUUUGAUAGAGAGCUUACAACAAGUGGCUACAGAACCUAAAUAUAAACAAGGCAACACCUGGAAGAAUGGAUAUUUGUUACGAGCAGAAGAAUUGAUGAAUAUAAGACUUCCUUCGUGUGGUUUGAGAGCAAAUCCUCAUAUUGAUUCACGUUGGAAAACUAUGAAGACAAAAUAUAAUGCCAUAGCUGAAAUGUUGAACAAAUCUGGAUUUGCUUGGGAUGAUUCAAGAAAAAUGGUUCAGUGUGAAAAAUCUAUUUUUGAGGAAUGGUGUCAGAAUCACAAGGAUGCCAAAGGACUUUGGGGUGUAUCUUUUCCGUUAUUUCAUGAAAUUGGGGAAUUGGUUGGCAAGGAUAGAGCAACAGGCAAAAAUGUUGAAACUUUUGAAGAAGCUAUCGCAAAUAUGGAAAAUGAGACAGAUAAUCAAACAAAUUCAGCUCAUGAAGAUAAUGAAGAAGAUGAUAUAUCAAUAACUCAUUCAACAACUCAGUCUUCAUCUAAAAGAGUCAAGAGACGCCAUAGGGAAACGAGGAAGGAAGCAAGUGAAUCUGAUGAGUCGAGUAUGGCUACUUCAUUUGUAAAUGUUUCUUCUAAUCUCAACUCGUUUAUGCAGAAUAUGAAUACACAUCUUGGAACAAUGGCGAGUGUAUGGUCUCGUGCAGAGGAGCGUGAGCAAGAUAUAAUUGAGAAAAGCAACAAUGUAUUGAGUGAGUUGCUUCUUAUAGACAAUUUGUCGAGUGCUGAAGCAUUGCAAGCCGCUGAUAUUCUCACAGCGGAACCAAACAAAUUGAGGGUGUUCUAUCAAGCUCCACCAAAUCUUAGAAGGCAGUAUAUCACUAGUCUUCUUUAUUGUUAA